CCUACGAGAGCUGCCCAGGACGAGCGUCUUGUCCUCGCUCUCACCUCUGAGUGACACUCCGGUGCUGCCCGAAGACCGACGACAUACUUUCGCACCCGGAGCAAGCGUGGUGAGCCCAGACCGGUCGACAAGGGCAUCGAAGCUAUGUUCCGACUCCUCAGCCGUCAAGGUCGCAGGUCAGCGAAGCGCUUCUCGCAGCAGCGCCGCUAUGAUCACCACAAGGCCGUCAUGGCCAUCCGGCGAGAAGACAUCAACCCCUGGGAGAGGAGAGCGCCUCUCGCCCCUCGGCACGUCAGAGAGUUGACACACGCAGGCGUGAAGGUCCUGGUCCAGCCCUCCAACCGAAGAGCCAUCCACGAAAAGUACUAUGCCAAAGCUGGCGCCGUUAUCCAGGAGGACAUUUCUGAGGCCUCGCUGAUUCUUGGGGUGAAGAGGAUGCCUGAGGAAAAAGUCAUUCCCAAAAAGACCUAUGCCUUCUUCUCUCACACAAUCAAAGCUCAGGAGGCUAACAUGGGGCUGUUGGACGAUCUGCUGAAGAAGGACGUCCGUUUGAUUGACUACGAGAAGAUGGUCGAUGCUAAUGGCUACAGGAUUGUCGCAUUUGGCCAGUGGGCAGGUGUCGCAGGAAUGAUAAACAUUUUGCAUGGUUUGGGGCUUCGCUUUCUGGCUCUGGGCCAUCACACUCCUUUCAUGCACAUCGGCAUGGCUCACAACUACAGGAACGUCAGUCAGGCCAUCCAGGCAGUGAGGGAUUGUGGAUAUGAGAUCUCUAUGGGCCUGAUGCCCAAGUCCAUAGGCCCUGUGACUUUCUGCUUCACUGGAACUGGAAAUGUGUCCAAAGGAGCGCAGGACAUCAUCAACGAACUUCCUGUUGAGUAUGUGGAGCCACACGAGUUGAAGGACGUAUGUGAAACCGGUGAUAUGACCAAAGUGUAUGCUACUGUUCUGAGCCGACACCACCACCUGAUGAGGAAGAACGAUGGCAUCUAUGAUCCCAUGGAGUAUGAAAACCACCCCGAGCGCUACACCUCUCACUUCAGAACCAGUGUGGCACCCUACACAAGCUGCCUCAUCAAUGGCAUCUAUUGGGACCCCCAAACUCCCCGACUUCUCAGGAGGCUGGAUGCCCAGAAGCUGAUCCGACAGCCCAAAACCCUGUUGGCGGCUGAUGAGGGAUCCCCAGUGUUGCCUCACAAGUUGUUGGCCAUUUGUGACAUUUCUGCUGACACCGGCGGCUCCAUCGAGUUCAUGAACGAGUGCACGACCAUUGAUAAGCCGUUCUGCAUGUACGACGCCGAUCAGCACAUCGACCAUGACAGUGUGGAGGGCAACGGUAUCCUCAUGUGCUCCAUCGACAACCUUCCUGCCCAGCUUCCCAUAGAAGCCACCGAGUACUUUGGAGACAGACUCUUUCCUUAUGUGUGGGAGAUGCUGCCGUCUGAUGCUACACGGCCACUGGAUGAAGAGGAGUUCAGCCCACAAGUCAGAGACGCUGUCAUCACUUCAAACGGAGCCCUGACUCCAAAAUUUGAAUACAUCGAGAAACUGAGAGAGAAAAGAGAGAAAGCUCAGAUCAUGAAGAAGAGUGGAAUGAAGCGAGUGCUGCUCCUCGGUUCAGGAUAUGUCUCCGCUCCUGUGGUGGAGUAUCUCACGCGUGAUGAGCGGACUCAGGUCACUGUGGCAUCAGCUUUGCUAAAGCAGGCAGAAGAUCUGGCUUCUAAAUAUCCCAACACCAUCCCCAUCAUGCUGGAUGCCAGCAGUCAGAAGAGUCACCUUGAUUCGCUGGUCAAAGACCACGACCUGGUCAUCAGCAUGCUGCCGUACACGCUUCACCCUCUCAUCGCUAAGCACUGCAUCAGCCGAAAGGUGAACAUGGUGACAGCUAGCUACUUGAGUCCUGCAAUGAAGGAACUGCAAAGCAGUGCCUUGGAGGCUGGAAUCACUCUUGUCAAUGAGAUGGGAUUGGACCCAGGCAUCGACCACAUGUUGGCCAUGGAGUGUAUCAACCAAGCCAAAGCUGACGGCUGCACGAUUGAAUCAUACCGCUCAUUCUGUGGCGGACUUCCUGCUCCAGAGUGUUCCGACAAUCCUCUCCGCUACAAGUUCAGCUGGAGUCCAUAUGGAGUUCUCUUGAACACCAUCAGUCCUGCCAUCUUCCUCCAAGACAAUCAGGUGGUGAGCAUUCCAGCUGGCGGCUCUCUGAUGGACUCCACCACAGAGAUGGAUUUCCUCCCCGGUUUCAACCUGGAAGGGUUUCCAAACAGAGACAGCACCAAGUAUGCAGACUCGUACGGCAUCCAAACGGCGCACACGCUGGUCCGAGGAACGCUGCGCUUCAGAGGUUUCUCCAAGGCCAUGAGUGGUUUCGUGAAGUUGGGUCUGAUCAACAGCGAGCCUUAUCCCGCCCUGCAGUCUUCUCCAGUCUCGUGGAAAGAGCUCCUCUGUCGGCAAGUGGGACUGUCGUCCUCGCUCUCGCAAGAUGCGUUUGAAGCUGCCAUCUAUGAGCACAUUGGAAAGGACGACCAUCGGAUGGACACCCUGAGAUGGUUUAACAUGCUGAGUGAGGAGGCUGUUCCUCAUGCUGACAGCAUUCUAGCUGCUCUGACCAAACAUCUAGAGGCCAAACUCUCCUUCAAUAAAGGCGAGCGGGACAUGAUCAUUCUGAGGAAUGAUGUGGGGAUCCGACACCCGACUGGUGAACUGGAGACCAAACACAUCAGCCUGGUGGUGUACGGGGAUCAUGACGGCUUCUCUGCCAUGGCCAAGACUGUGGGGUACCCGGCAGCCAUUGCUGCACGCAUGCUCCUCGAUGGGGAAAUCACCACUAAAGGUCUGGUGGUUCCGAUGACAAAGGAGAUCUAUGGUCCGGCUCUGGCCCGCUUGAAGGACGAAGGCCUGAACUUCCUGUUUAAGAGCACCCUCCAUGAGUAAGACCCCAGAGAACGCGUCCACAUGGCACACUUUUUUAAACCCCAUUUCUGCUCUCAUCCGUCAAUGACUUGAUGACUCCAGAGUCGGUGAUGGAUGUUUUAACUUUUUGGUUUUUUCUUCUUUUUGCUGUGACUGGACAACAUUGGAAUGCCUUGAGUAGCUCUGUUCAGCAUUAAAUAUUUAAAAAAGCUCAUUAAUUGUAAACAUAAAUAACAAUGGUUUCUCUUGUUUAAAUGGAAAGAUGAACAAAUGACCCUCUAAAUUGUCCUUUCAUUGAGCUUGAAAGUGAAAAUCCUGCUGCCAGUCUGUGUGUCAAAGGUGAAAAUCGUGUUAUGCUGUAGACCAGAGUGUUCUGUAAAAUUUGUGGGGCAUUUUUUUUAAGUUGUGCAAUAUUUAUACGUGUUUUAAGGGGUGAACCUGGUCGUGCUCAUGUUUGUAUUUAAAUAGAGAACACAAACGCGGACUUAAACGUUGGUAUUUACAGUUAUUUCUCAAGCUGUAUAAUGAAAAUAGAAAGGUGGUUUCACAUUUUUGUUUGACUGUCACUCAAAUUUCACUUAAGUUCAGAGGCACGUUCAGCAAAGUUUGUUGCGCUUUAACAGUACUGUACAAAAAAUACCUGUUUGCUUUCUGAAAACGUGAAAGUGAUGUAAAUAAAAUGACCGAACAAC